UAACAGUUUCGGAUCUUAUACAUAGCUUCUAUUGUUGUAGUAUUUGGGGUUUGCUUAUUAAUGUGGGGGGGUUGAGUAGCGUCGAGUUCUGGACUUCGGUACUACCCGAUAAGCGACACUAUGGUUAGAACCCCUCAUACUCUAAAUAGUUGUUUCUGGUGCUCAAUCUGCGGGAAAACCUAAUUCAAGGAAUACUUGAAAUAGGACUACCUAUUGGUAUAUGCGAGUUACUCCUUUUCGUAUCUUUAUGAAAGUACCCUUUUUGAUUGUCACUUCAAGUGCUAGAUGAUCCUACUCUAUGCAUUUACCUACCGUCCACCCCUGCCUCCUACAGCGGGCCUGUCGCUUGCGCCGAUCUGAUCCACCAAAUCUACUAAAGUCCUGAACCUGAAAAUGCGACAUCCAAUUUAGACAGGUUCUGCAUGAAUAUCAAUCCAUACACAAAAUCCCGAUCCCAUUAAAAAACCAAACACCCUUGAUAUUAGGCCUACAGUCGACCUAAAACAUCCCCAGUCCUAAGUAGAAUAAUAAAAUAACCGACUCGGGCACUAAAAAAAUGUAAGUUUCAACUGCACAAGUGUAAUUGGGUUUUGUGUCUAAAAAUAUCCAAGGUUUGCACUAGACUCCUUUUAAUGGGCUUAUUACGACAUACCAUGGUAAUACUCUUCGUAUGAAUUCUAGAAAGCCCUCCUGUUUGAUGUUCAACAAAUAAGCAUCUUCCUGCCCAUUUCUUGAAAUGGACACCUAAGCAAAACCUUUGAAAAUCAAAAACAAAAAAAUCCCUCCAUAAAAACUCUUCGUUUACCAUAAAGGUGAAAAUUUGAAAAUUGUUUGGAACCUCUGCACUACUGCAUUUUUUUAUUAACAAUAGAGCGGGUUGUGGUGUAACCCCGUAUAAUUAAUUCCUUGCUGUUUACAAAAUCGUCAGGGUGGAAAAUUCCUUUCAUAUAUCCCCAAUUCUUGUCACAUAUUCCUCUCAUCUGAUAUCCUCAUGAACAUUCACUUGGCUGAUUCGUUGGAAGAGUUCGAUAUUAGCUAUAUCGAAUCCUACAAUCAAUGCGUUCUGUCGGUUUAUUCUGACGACGCCGACGCCUUAAGAAGCAGAUCCAAUUCCAUCUCCUCUAAAACUUCCCAAUUAACCUUACUGUCACCGUUGAUGAACAACCCCGAUGACUACUCCACUGCCAAAUCAGACGCCAAAAUCCUGAUUUUCUCCGACCGAAAAUUGAAGUUGACGUCCAAGGACGUCCAGGACUCUGAACGUACCUAUAACGUCAAAGAUUUUAAACGACCGCCAUUGAAGCCCCUGGCCACCUUGGACCUGAUCCCAUGUAAGAAGACUUUGAGGCGAAAUAUGGGAAACCCUUUUUAUCGGCCUCCACCUCCUAUUCGAGCCAAUUCCACAGGAUUUCCUCCCUUGGUGAAUGGCAGCCCCGUGAAGAAACGGAAGCUUUCAAUUGACCGGUCAAUGUCGUCGUUCGAGCUGUUGCUCUCAUUGGCGGAGCGACAGCGUAUUGACUCAGAGAAUGAGGCCGACCACGAUGACCAUCUUCACCACCAUCUUCACCACCACCUGGCAGGCCACUCGUGCCACGAUCUCCACGACACCGAUGUCCUGAGCUCCAGCUCGGCUGACGGCAGCACUCUGCCACUUUCAUGACCCCCACGACUUGACAUCUAUAGACCCUGUAUUUUAAUGGACACUGUAUUUUA